AUGUCUAUGGGCGCUGAUGGCGACCUUGCGGGGGCCUCUGCGGGCGCAGCAGCGACGACAAGUCAUGCGCAUUCCGAGCUGAACGAAAUCGAGAAGGAGGGCCCCCCUGCGCCGCAUCCGACAGCGGUGACACGUCUACAGAGUCUUCGCUGUGAGGAAGGCCCACUUGCCAGUUCUCCUGCUGUUGUUGCUGCUGCUGCCGCUGAUUCUGCAGGCUGCGCUUCGGAGGAUGCUGGGGGGGCUGAGACGGCCCUUUCUCGGGCUCCCCAGGGGCCGUUUACCAGAUGUUCUGCUUCGCCGUUAUCCCGUAGCAGUUCCGGUGUGUCUGUACACCGUACCCGUUCUGCAGUCAUGAGCCCCAACGCUCAGCUGGCAACAGUUAGUUACCUCGAAGCCUUCCACCAGAAGCAGCGCACCCAAGACACCCAUGACUUGAGGCAGAGGCACCAGGCCUUCGACAGCCUCAAGCAGUGGCGGGGGCCCUCCAAGCUAAGCGGCUGGAGAGGGGGGGAUACGACGGCGGGGGUGUCGGUGGGAGAGGGGGCAGCUGCGCGUGGACUUCCUGGGGGGGCCCCCGGGGGGCCCUUGAGACAGACAGCAGACAGAGGGUCUGCUACUGCUGCUUCGAAGUCGCGGCAGCAGCUGGUAGGGGAGAUGGCGGCUUUGUUUAGCCGUCUGUGUUUGGGGGAGGAGCAGCGUGUGCUUGGGGUGUAUCGACAGAAGCUGGCGCGUCUCCAGAAGCAGCAGCUGCAUUUGAAUGCUCUUGCUGAUCGAUUGAUUCGUUCGGCUUCUGCAACAAAGGCCAGAGGAACCCUCAUCAAGGAGAGAUCGUUUCAGCUGCAGCGGCAGCUGCAGCAACAAGAAGCGGCAGCAAAAGCCCCACGCAAACGAAUACCAGCCCUGCUGCGCAUGCCGCUGCCCACCUUGACUCCCGCAUGUGCUACGCAGAAGGCGCAGCAGCAGCAGCAGCAACCGUUAGAUCCCUGGCGCCGUCUGCUGCGGCGAGCAAGGCCUUCGCGUCGCCGAGCCUCCCUGCCCUCAACCGUGGGCCUCUGGGGGGCCUCCAGUGCACCUUCAGCAGCAGCAGCAGCAGCAGCAGGUGCAGCAGCGGCAGCGGCAGCAGCAGCAGGUGCUGACAGCGUAGCUGCGUCCUCCGUCUGUACAAAAGUACGAGAGCGGGGACGAGCAGGAGUGCCAGCAGCACCAGUUGGAGCAGCAGCCGAGCCCGCAGCAGCGGCAGCAGCGGCAGCACCAGCAGUAGCAGCAGCGGUAUCUGCUGCAUUUGAGCUGUCGGAAGCAGUAGAGUGCUUCAGUAGCAGCAGGCGCAGGAGGAGUUUGCCUAGCAGAAUGGUUGACCCUUUCUUUUUUCUCCAGCGUGGGGGGCGAAUGAGACGCACAGCAGAGGAGCUGCUGCAGCAGGCUGAGGCGGCUUGUGCUGCUGCUGCUGCUGCAGGCGCUGCAGCACCAACUCUUUGUCGUGGACCGCUGCUGCAGGACCUCCACUGUCUCUCCCGCACCCUCUCAGUUGAAAUGCUGCAGACGCAGCAGCGGUUGCAACUGGCGGAGAUGCUGCAGCAGCGGCCAGCAGCAGCAGGCAGACGGGGCUGGGAGGCAGCAGCAGCACGCCUCUGCCCGCUGCCCUUAAGGCACAGCUUCUGCGCUCAAGAGGGCCCCCUGGGGGGACCCCUAGGUUGGCCCCUAGGGAUGCAUGCGGAAUGGGGGGUCUCUGGAAUGAAUGCAUGCGCUAGAAGCAAAGACGUGUCCUCUAAGGUCCCCUUUCACCCUCCGGUGGCUUCUACUGCUGCCUCCAUUGCUGCUGCUGCUGCUGAGGGUUCUUCAGGUGCUACCUCGGCUGCUGCUUUGGCGGCUUCUGUUGCAGCUGAUGAUUGUGGGGCAGCUGCAGCUGAAGGGAGCGCAAGGCAGAAGAGUGAAGCUGCUGCCGCUGGCGCUCGAGCGGCAGCAGCAGGAGAAGCAGGUGCAGCAGCAAGCGCGGCGGUAGCUGAAGCAGGAGCUGGUUCUGGGGGCGUGUGGAGCGAAGAAGACAACAGUUUACUAGAGGCAGAGACGGACUGUGAGUAUUUAUUGGGGCGCCAGCUGCUGCCCUAUGAGCGAAUGCUGCUGACAUAUCGCAUGCUGAAGAGCAAAGGAUUGGGGGUGGCUGCAGGGGCCCCUGGGGAGGCUCAGCUUAUAGAGGAGCUGCUGCAGGCUGUCGGCGAGGGGGCCCCAGGGGGCCCUGGGAGCGCUUCCUUUCCUCUUGGUUCUGAGGGGCUGCCUGCUGAUGAGGAGGCGCAGAGAUGGGGCCCCCUUUGGACGGAAGAUGCAGAUACAGACGCAGCAAAAGUUGAAUCCUUGCUGCUUCUGGUGCAACAGCUGCAGCAAGCAGACUUGCAGCAGCUUACACACGUGGCACGUGCAAUACCCAGCAGCAGCAGCAAACGCCACAUGCAGCGAGAAGAAACCUUUCUGCAUGCAUUCUUCGGCGAACCCUCAAACAGCUCCGAAUACUCCCUUGACGCCCCACAAGGGGGGGCCCCAGAAAUGCGGGGGGCCCCAGCUGGGGACCCUACUGACGCUCCGAGGACGGGGGCCCCCGGAGGGGCUUCUUUGGGGGCCGCUAAAGAAAGGAAAAUGGAGGCGUCGACGCCAGGGGGGGAUGUGGAGACAGCAAAGAUUGCAACAGAGGCAAAGGCAGAGACAGGGAGAGAGAGAAAAACAGAAAAAGAUGCAGACACAGAGACAGAAAAAGACAGCGAACAAAGAAAAUUCCCUACAGCCGAGUCACUCUACAGGGCCCACUACCUGCUGGGACCGUGGCGCAGCAGUUUGAUGGGGACCCCUCAACAGUUGCAAAAAAACUUCAAUCCCUAA